AUGGGGCCGAUCGCGUACAUUUUGGCGUCGCAGGAGAACCUGCUGCUCCUGCUGCCGAGGCAAGAUUGGCUGCAGGGAGAUCCUCAUGGGCAGCUUGUUUCCCUGGUUGUGGGGGCCGUUGUGUUGAUUCUGUCUGGCACAGCUGUGUGGUCGUCUGUGGGUGGUGAUCCCAAUGCGGGUCCAUCCUGGGAAGAGAGCAUGUGGAUGUCUUGGGGCCUCUUCUUCGACCCCGGCACACAGACAGGCGUGGCAGCCAAUGCUCCCAUCAAGGUGAAGCUAGCUGCGCUGGUGUUUUCGGUGCUUGGGUUUCUGUACAACUUGACAUUCCUUGGCAUCAUCGUAGAGUGGAUUCGCUCUUCCAUGGACACCUGGACGAGAACCCAGAGUCGAGUGUGGUUUGGACAGCAUGUCUUGGUCUUGGGAUGGAGCGAGAAGACGUUGUACCUCAUUCAUGAGCUCUUCGAAGCUUGCUACGCCAGCGGGCAACAUCGGCGCAUUGUCGUGCUGGCUGACCGAGACCCCGCUGAGAUGCACCGGGAGAUACAGCAAUAUUUCCUGCAGCUCUGGGAGCACAUGAGCUUCUUCGACAGGCGCUGGCGGAUGUUGAGCUCCUUGAAGAUCCGGCAGGGCAUCGCUCACGACACGGAUGCCUUGGACAGAGCUGGUGCUGUCCGUGCCGAGGAAAUCAUCAUCCUUUCUCGCGACGGGGAUCCACAAGCUGCAGAUCUGGAGACGACUCGCAUCAUGGUGGCCUUGUCCUCAAUGCGGCAGCGAGUAAAUUGCCGAAUUUUCACGGAGGCGCAGGUGCAAGAGGUGGGCAAAGUGCUGCGGCGUCUGCACGGCAAAAUCGAGGUCAUACAUGCACGCGCCGCCUCCAACCAUGUCCUGAGUCUUCUCGCGACGAAUCACCUUAUAGGAGCCUGCUUUGCAGACCUUUGCUCUUUCACAGCGGGUGAUGAACUUUACGUAGUUGACCGUCAGACUGGCUGGGACACCUUUCAAGAGGCAUGCUCAGCCUUCGACAAGGCUGUUUGCAUUGGUGUGCAGGCUGCGAAGCAAGUGCACGGUGCUUUUGGGACGCGGAUUGAACUUGCGCCUCCGGGUGACCGGCUAUUGGUGGAAGGAGAGCGUUUGCUGGUGAUGGCAUCAGAUUGGCAGGAUGUGCAGCUUCAUGUUGGAAGUCUCUUCCACUGGCGGGGUGGAAGUCAUGGACCGUCCAUGACAACCAGACUUAUGGCAGGCAACACGGCAGUUUUCAUGAAAGAGCCGAAGGAGAAAGUGACGGAUGACACCGAGAAGGAGAUUCGGGCCCAAGCAGUCAACCCCAUCAUUGUGGUGGGCUGGCCAGCAGAUCUCGCCGACAUCUUGGUGCUCUUGGACACGCAAGUUCCUAAAGGCACAAAGGUCUUCGUUCUUUCAGAGCGCAGUGAGGCCAAGAGAGCGGCAGCAAUCACAGGAGGGCACCGCAAGAUCGCAAACCUGGACAUUGAGCAUCGCUACGGACCUCGAACAUCGGGCAAGUGUCUCCGAGAUUUACCACUGAAGGAGGCGUCUGCAAUCUUGAUCCUUGCGGAGAUGCAGGGUUUCACAUCUGACGAUCCUGAAGAGGUUCCGGUGGAUGAUGAUGUCGGUGACGACACAUUGACCAGUGACUCUGUCUGCUUGGCAUCGCUGCUCGUCAUUGCUGACAUCCUUGAGGAUGGGGAUGCCAAGUUGGUGAGAACGACGUCGGAGGCCUGCGAGCUUUGCCGAGGAGUGACUGCGAGGACAGAAGUCCUGUCAUCUACCGGAAAGAAGACCAAGAUCAUUUGUGAGGUGGUUGAUCCGCGCACUGAGCAAGUAGUCGCGCGGAAUGCAUCGCUUCAAGACACCGCUUUCUUCGUCAGGAGCAAGGCGCUGGAAACGGGAAUCUUCACAAUGGCCAUGUCAGAGCCAGCAGUGUUCAACACGCUGAUGGUGCUGAUGUCGCCAAGCUGCCCAUCUCUGCAGGCCGUUCCAGUAGAACCAGUCUUGCAGAAGGGAUGCCUCGCCGAAGGCCGGAGCUACGGCGCGCUGGCUCGUGCCAGCUGGCGGGAGCUCAACGAAACUGUCAAGUUGUCAGGUGGACUGCUUGUGGGUUGGCACCAGCGGUCACAGGGGCUGAGAUUCUUGCUGACCCCCUCGUGCGGCAAGGACGAUUUUUGUUGA